AUGGCGUCCAUCAGCAGAGAAACGAGGCGACUCUUCUUCCUUCGACUCCUCAUCGCUUCUAUCCCAGCAUGCACUGGGCUUCCUGGAGGAGGCGUGUUCGUGAGCAGACCUGAGGCCAGCGUCUUCCUGCAUCGCAAUCGUCGAGCCAACUUCCUGUUUGAGGAGCUGAGGAGAGGAGAUCUGGAGCGCGAGUGUCAGGAGGAGAAAUGCUCCUACGAAGAGGCGAAGGAGAUCUUCGCUCUGCCUCAGCAGCUGGAGGCCUUCUGGAGGCUCUACACAGCGGUGGACCACUGCCUGUCGUCUCCCUGUAAGAACGGAGCCACCUGCACCCGACAGGUCGACACCUACGUCUGCAAGUGUCCACCUGGUUUCCAUGGAUCCCAUUGUGAUAAAGCUCGUGUGACGUCACACGGCUGUCGCUAUAGAAAUGGAGGGUGUGAACAUUUCUGCCGACAGUUUCCGGAUCGUCCUCACGUCUGUUUCUGCGCUCCGGGUUAUCGUCUGCAUCGGGACGCCAACACCUGUGAGCCCGAAGAUCCUGUGGCCUGUGGAAGACUUCAGAUACAUUUUGGCCCAAGGGUCGUCAACGGGGAGAUCUGCCCCAAAGGUCACUGUCCGUGGCAGGCUCUGCUGACUGAGCGUAACGUUUUUAUCUGCGGGGCUAUCGUUCUGUCCAACCGCUGGAUUCUAACCGCAGCUCACUGCGUUUGGGGAAAACCUUCCGGCAUCUUCAACGUCACCGUCGGUGAACAUGACCUCAACGUGGACGAACGGACUGAGCAGAGGCGGCGGGUGGUCAAAGUGCGGAUCCAUCCCAGCUACAACAAGACCAGCUAUGACAGCGACCUGGCCCUGCUGAAGGUGCACCGCCCCAUCAAACUAGGAUCCUACGUGGUUCCCGUUUGCCUCCCCGCAUGGAACAGCACCUUCAGCCGAACGCUGUCGGCCGUACGCCACUCCACCGUGUCCGGUUGGGGCCGCCUGUUGCUGGGCGGUUCCGCCGCCAGAAUCCUCCAGCGGGCGACGCUGCCGAGGGUUCUCCUGCAGGAGUGCCGCCUCCACACCAGGCUCAACGUCACCAGGAACAUGCUCUGCGCCGGGCUGAAGUCUGGCGGCCGGGACGCCUGCCAAGGGGACAGCGGCGGCCCUCUGGUGACACGCUACAAGAAGACCUGGUUCCUGACGGGGGUGGUGAGCUGGGGGAGGGGCUGCGCCAGUAAAAACCUGUACGGGGUCUACGCCAAAGUCAGCAACUACCUGGACUGGAUCCAGGAUGUCAUGUACACCACCUGAAAAGUGGUCCGGGUCCACAAACCCGAGACCUGAACCACAAGAUAAAAAGUUGUAUUAUGUGUACGAAUACAAAUGCUGAUUUUGUGAUUUGUAUCAUUUUGUCUCAUCAGAUUCAGUUUGAGAUCUAAAGGGAUUAUUUUAUGCGUUCUGGCAAAAUAAAUAAAGACG